UACAAAUAUGCAAAGAUUCGAAAGUGAUGUGAAUGUGGAAGGAGAAUCUUAGGCGGCUUACACUAGAUUUGACUCGUCUCCUUCUGUUGGACAAUUAUCUGGUACACAUUUAGAGAAACAAACAAUAAUCAAAUCAACUCUAAUUGCAUCAAUUGGAUCAUUCAUUUUUACUUAUGGUAUUUUGGCAUCAGCAGGCAAUAACACGGCCAUCUUAGUCAUAUUCUUCUUAAGUGUACUAAUGACAGAUCGUCUAACUGUAUUCAAUCCUGCUGUUAGCUUCAUUGAUUUACUCAUGGCAAGAAUUGGAUUCCAAGAAUUUAUAUUCAAUGUAAUUGGUUAAGUCGGAGGCAGUCUAUUGGGUGCCAUGGUGUGCUUCUUUGUUUUAUAGGAUUUCACUAAUGCACCUUAUUUGGAUGCCAAAAUUGGUGACAAUUUAAUUGGCGUAUUAGAAUAUAUUCAAUAAGUAAAUAGUCAGUUGAAGGCGAAUUGUUCGGCUCCAUGUUGUUUAUGAUAGUAUUGGUAUUGCAGGAAGACGAUUACUUGAAAUUCUCGGAUGACAAAUUAGAACAUGCUCUGGUUGUGACUUUGGGAUUUGGUGCAGCUCGUGUCUUGACAUCUUAAGGACAGUCACUCUUCAAUCCAGCAUUUGCUUUUAGGUAUUCAAAUGAAAGUAUUUUCAAGUUUGGAAUUAUUCGAAUGUAUUUAGGAUGGCACAUGGGGUAGAUUUGGAUUCUUGUGGGUGUUUACUUGUACUCCCUUCAUGGCAUCAGUUGUGGCAAUUAUGUUCAAUAGUCAAAUAUAUAAGAGAUUCUACGAUAAGAAAAUUUAAUACGGAUUUUGAUUUAUU